AUGACGGAAGCGUCGCUGCAGGAUCGUUUGCGCGAUCAUGCAAAGGCUUUUAACGGCCUCUUGAGCCUUAUCCCGGCUAAGCAGUAUUACGGAGAGGACACCAGCGACCAAUGGAGAAAGAAGAAGCAAACGAAAAAAGAAGCUGCUGCCGCCCGCCGCGGAAAACUUGAUCCCGACAGCGAACUGAACAAAAAUGCGAAGGAAGUCAUGGAUGAGCGUGCCCGAAGCAAACGCAAGCAGCGUCAAGAAGAUGAAGAGGUCGAAGAUGACGAGGCGCAGGAUGAGGAGGAGGACGGCUCAUUCGUUGCCAUCGAGGGUGUUGAGGCCGAGCAGCCUGGCCAGGGCCUGAGAAAGGCGACCGAAAACCCCCGUAAGAAGCAAAAGGUUGAGCCUGAGCUAGACGAUGAUGAGUCUGGUGUUGAAGUCGACGAUGAGGAAGACGAAGAGGAAGCCCCUGCGACUGAGGAGACGAAGUUGUCCAAGAAGGAACAAAAGAGGGCCGCCAAGCGCGAGCGCAAAGCCGAAAAGAAGUCCACGAAAGAUCAGGGAGGUGCCGACGAACAACCCAUACCAAGCGCAAAGCCCUCCAAGGACCAAGAAGCCGGCGAAACUCCCAUCAUCAAGAAGCAAAAGUCCAAGAAGGAGGCUAAAGCCGCCACCAAGGUCGAUGUGGACGACGAUGAGAGCAUACCCGACGCCAAACAAUCUUCUGGCUUUGCUGCACACCUCGAUGUCUCUGGCCUUGAUGGCAAGGACGACUCGGAGGCCGUCUCGGAACCUCACUCUCCUACUUUCGACGCCGCUGAGCCUGCCAGCACGACAACCUCAGUCUCUUCCACCAUUCCUCCCUCCGAAAAGCCCAAGCACAUUAUCAUGCCCAAGGACACCUCGGCUCUUAAGGCCCGCUUAGCAGCCAAGAUCGAAGCCCUGCGCGCCGCCAGAAAGGCCGACGGCCCCGACGGCAAGCCAAUCCGCACGCGCCAAGAGCUCAUUGAGGCGCGCCGCGAGAAGCAGGCCCAGCGCAAGGAGCACAAGAAGGAGCUGCGGCGGCUCGCCAAACUCGAGGAGGAGCGCAAACGCGAAGAGGCGCUCGCCACCAACUCGCCCGGCAUCAUGAGCCCUGCUGUGGAGGAAGGCAACUUCUCCUUCGGCCGCGUCGCCUUUGCCGACGGGUCGCAAAUGUCGCACGACCUCAGCUACGUCCUCAACCAAGGCAAGCGCAAGGGACCCUCGGACGCCAAGACGGCGCUGCUCAAGGUGCAGAAUCAAAAGAAGCGCCUCGAGGACAUGGACGUGGACACGCGCGCCGACAUCGCCGAAAAGGACGCCUGGCUGACGGCGCGCCGCCGCGUCGAGGGCGAAAAGAUUCGCGACGACGAGGCCAUCCUCAAGAAGACGAUCAAGCGCAAGGAGGCCGGCAAGAAGAAGAGCGAAAAGGCGUGGAGCGACCGUCUCCAGGGCGUCUCGCUCGCGCAAAAGGAGCGCGUCAAGAAGCGCGAGGACAAUCUGCGCAAGCGCCGCGACGAGAAGCUCAUGGGCAAGUCCGGCAAGAAGAAGAAGGGUGGUGCUGCCGGCGGCGGUGGCAAGAAGAAGGGUGGUCGACCCGGUUUCGAGGGCAGCUUUGGUAUGGGCGGGGGCAAGAAGAAGUAA